GUAAUUACGGUGUACAUACUAUAGUAGUUGACUUCGCUUGUGGGCAUCAAGAUCCCUACGUUCGGGGUCGGAGAUAAGGCCCGUACGGUCUUGCCCGAGGCGGAAUUAUCCGGCCAGCACCAUUGCUGCCCCAGGCACGAAUACUCGGCAAUGGCCCGCCGUCCGCCAACCGAGAUGGCAUCCUUCUUCUCCCCAGCCCAUCCAGCCCAUCCAGGGGGCAUCCACAAUCUGGGCCCAGGACAUCGAACCGCGCUCCGGCAGAUGAUCCUGAACGUCUUGGCCACCCCGCUGGCCGACAACACCUUGGCACAGAUUGCGGACGGGCUCCCCACCCGCCAGGUCUCCGAGCGGGAUCGGCGCUUCUACGAGCCGGACAUCAAUGAGCACCUCCAAGUGAGCCCCCAUGCCCGAGAGCAAGUUCGGGCCUGGCGGGCCACAUUCGACCCCGAUCUAGUUCCAGUUGACUCCACUGUGGUGCAAGCCUAUCAAACCAGCGUCUUCGGCACUCGGCCCUUUCGUCUGCGUCUCAUCGAGAUCACGGCACUGGUCGUGCACACCGUGGCCGCGCACUGGUUCCGCCUCACUAAUCAGCCUCCCUACAAGUGCCCUCCUCCGCUACAACACCUGGGGCCCAUCCAGCAGGAGAUGAAGGCGGCCGGAGAUCGGACCUUCGACCCGAUUCCGACGCACCUGUAUCACACGCACUUUGUCGAUCACGAUCAAUACCCCAUGGGGGUGGCUGAUGUGGUCGGCUAUUGGGCCGAGUACCAGAUCUUUGGGGGGGUCGUUCUCUUUGACCGCGGAGAGUCCGAGUUGGAGAUGCGGGAAGUUUUCUUCCAUCCGGAUGCGCAUUUCAUGGUCUUCCAGCUAUCCGAGGCGCAGAUCGACCAGUUUGUUGCGUUCGGCCUGCCCCAUCGCCCGUCCGAAACAUGUCCCUUCCCCAUGAAGGCGGAGCGAGAUGCCCUGCGGAUGGAUGCGAAUGACACCUUUGACCGACACAUCUUUCGCAACCGGUAUGAGCGCCGACGACCGGUGGUGAUCCCGUGGAUCACCCGUCCUCCCCGCCGCCGGGCGGAGGACUACCCCCAGCUCCUGGAGUAUUUGGCCGAGAUAAACAAGCCGGGAUCAGACCAUCCGUGAUGCGGUUCACGCGGGCAUGGUGGGCUCGCUUUUCGCAAUCAUCGUGACUAUCGUAGCCGAUCCGCCCCGUGGCUGUAUCAGCCCGCCGGGGAUCAUGCCUGCCGCUUUCCGGUAUCGACCCCUUCCCUCGGUACCGGGGCUCGUACCGCCUGAGACUGGUCGCCCAUGCAGACCAGGGCUUAGCCAAGGGAAUCACAUAUGUCAGGGUAGCCGGAUGGCUAGUUUACAAAAGGAAUGCCGGGGGAUGCCGGGUGUGACCCCUGACCACAAACACAUGCGCAAUAGACACUGUUCUAUUUGUUUAUAACCAGCCCAUUCUAAAUUAAGGAACGUGAGGUUGAAGAAAGACAGUCCUACGGAAAAGAGAGAUCUAGGGAAAGACCGAAGGAAACACAGGCGCAUAUACAGAUGACUGACGAAGAAGAAAACAGAAGAGCAUAAG